GAGCAAUGGAGAACUGGGGCUUGGUAACUUAUCGUGAAGUGGCACUUCUGGUCGAACCGACGAAAUCCUCGACGCGGCAGAAAUCUCAUGUGGCGCUUGUUGUUGCGCAUGAGCUUGCGCAUCUUUGGUUUGGAAAUCUCGUAACCAUGAAAUGGUGGACAGAUUUAUGGCUGAAAGAGGGAUUCGCAUCAUUCAUGGAAUACAUGUUUGUGGGCUACAAUUAUCCCGAAUUUCGUAUAUGGCUUCGUUUUGUUAAUGACGAGCUCGCUUCCGGCUUCAAUCUGGAUGCUUUAAAAAGCUCUCAUCCUAUUGAGGUUGAAAUUGACAACCCCAAUGAAUUGGAUGAAAUUUAUGACAGCAUAACGUAUGCAAAAUCGAAUUCGGUGAAUCGUAUGCUGUGCAACUACCUAGGUGAAGAGACAUUCCAGAAAGGCCUGCAAAUUUAUCUGAAAAAAUUCCAGUACAGUAAUGCAGUCACUGCUGAUUUAUGGGAUGCACUGGGCGAAGCUUCCGGACAGGUAAACACU